GCCCACAAACGUAAUAGUGACUGGAUGAGCAGUAGUAAGUGAUCAAGACUCGUGUACAGAGGUAUUCUGGCUGCACUGACCUCUGCCAGGAGCCGUGGACGCCAGAGCAUGGCCGCAGGGAGCAGCAGCGAGGCCUCUCUCCCCGAGCUCCUGUCUCUGCUCACCGGCAAGGAGUUUGACACUGCACACAGGCACAAGCUAAGGGAACUGUUGAGGUGUUUUCUACUCACAUGUGCAAGUGGACGUGGAGUAGCAGAGUGCUUCCCUUCCAGCAACCCCCACUCAGUGAGCAGUCUCCUGGUUCAGAAACUCUUGCACCAGUUCCAACGAGCAUUCCUGGCCACCCCCUCCUCCGACCAGUUGACGACAUCAUCACGACACCAUCCUCCUGGUGUGGCUGGUGGUGUUGUGGACCAGGUGUCCCUCAGAGAGUUUCUGCAGGAGGAGACGAUAUUAUUUCUCCUCCUCUCCAUCCAUACCAUCAGCAGACAGGUGGAGGCGACCUACCCUGAGCUGGCCGAGCUACUGCUGGUGGUAAUCAAGACCCUCCUCUCCAGAGAUCCUCAAUUCACUGUCAGCCAAGGAACUGUGCUCGACUCGGUUCCCUCUACAGAGUGGUGGGGAUUGAGUCUCAGAGCUUCUCCUCCAGAAUCACCAGCAAACCAAUCACCUCUUCCUCCCCUGAGAAAAUUGCUCGAGAUGAGAAUAACUCUCCUCUCACCUCUACUCCUUCUUCCUCGUCGCCUUCACCCACCUCAUGUGCCACAGAGUCUCCAGCUACAGUCAUCCCACCUUCAGCCUCGAGAAGACUCCUGGCAACAGUCGUUAGAGAGAUAGAACCAGGGGGCAGUGAGGGAGAAGGAGAGGCGGAGGUUUUGUCAGACGAGACGC